AUGUUUUUAUUUUUUUGGCUGCGUGUAAUUAAAACACCACAGCAAGUUUCCUGUAUAAGUUUUUCUUCUCAAAUUCCAUACAAAGCAUGUCAAUUUUAAUUAAAACAUCAUGGCAAAUUUUAAUAUUUUUUAAGCAUGCCAAAUUUGAGAUUUUUUUUACCUUGCGCUACUUUAUUCUCGGACCACGGCAAAUUAUAUUUUUUUCGACCCUGGAAUUAGAAUUUUUCAUUAAACUUUUUGAUCAAAGACAUACCCACUAACUGGUUUUUUAUGUGCUCACGUAGCAGGAUUUUUUUUUUGUUUCUGUUGUAAAAGAAGCGUCAUUUUUUGAUUUUUUAAGGACUAUUUUUUGUUUAUAAAGCUGGGCCUUUUUAGGCCCUUUUUUGGUUUUACGUACACGUGCUGAGGGAAGAGGCUGAAAGGGUUCGGGCUGCCCUUCCACCACACCGAACGACACAAUCGUUCGUUCCAUCGCUCCUCCCUGCCGAACCUUUCCGUUCGGACCGGGGUUCUCCUAAACCGAACGGUCGGGAGUUAUCGACGUCCAAAAAAAAACCCAAUCCUGUUCAUGCAUGGUGCCGGUCUGCCGGACAAGCACUCUGUAUCUCUAUACCACCGUGAACCACCACACAACCUGUAAAGCGCAGACGUGCAGUGCGGGUGCAGCAACGGGGGUGGCCGGAACAACAAACCCGUGUGCCCGGCGCGCCACCCCAACGGCAAGGCGAGGGCCGGCCACCCCGUUCCGUUCCGUUCCACGCGAUCGGCGCUACCAGCUCGAAUACAAAAUAUCGAAAUUGUUCGGUUUAAAAUGGCCCGUCCCCUACUUGCUCUGCUGCACUUGUCCUGCGCCAGCACCGCGCUCCAGGUCACCAGCUCGACCUCGCAGAGCGCGCCCACCGCCGGAAUGGCUUCCAGCGCCGCCGCCGACGUGGUUGAGACCGAGCUGUUCCCCUUCAUCCGCGUGUACAAGAGCGGCCGCGUCGAGCGCCUGCUCGGCACCGACACCGUGCCGGCGUCCUUGGACGCCUCCACGGGCGUGGCGUCCAAGGACGUCGUCAUCGACCCGGCCACCGGCGUCUCCGUCCGCCUCUACCUCCCGCCAGCGGCUGCGGCGUCCGGGGGCGAAGGCAAGAAGCUGCCCGUCCUCGUGUACUUCCACGGCGGCGGGUUCAUGGUCGAGACGGCGGCCGCCCCGACGUACCACCGCUACCUCAACGCGCUCGCCGCCCGCGCGGGCGCGCUCGCGGUGUCCGUGGAGUACCGCCGCGUGCCGGAGCACCCGCUCCCCGCGGCCUACGACGACUCGUGGGCGGCCCUGGCGUGGGCGGUCGCCGGCUCCGCACCGGGAGGCCCCGAGCCGUGGCUCGCGGCGCACGGGGACGCGUCCCGCGUGUUCCUCGCCGGCGACAGCGCGGGCGCCAACAUCGCGCACAACGUCGCCCUGCGCGCCGCCGCCGAGGGCCUCCCGCGCCCGUGCGCGGCCAUCGUCGGCGUGCUGCUGGUGCACCCCUACUUCUGGGACCCGACCAACGCCAUGGCGCCGGCGCUGGAGGUCAGGAUCCGCAACGAGUGGCGGAUCAUGUGCGCGCGCCCCGACGCCGGGGUCGACGACCCGAGGUUCUGCCCGACGUGCGCCGUGGCGGCGCCGCGGCUCGCGGCGCUGCCGGGCAAGAGGGCGAUGGUGGCCGUGGCGGGCGACGACUUCCUGGCGGUGAAGGGGCGGGCGUACCACGCGGCGCUGCUCGCGAGCGGGUGGCGCGGCGAGGCCGAGCUGGUGGACACGCCGGGGCAGGACCACGUGUUCCAUCUCAUGCGGCCAGGGACGGAGGCGGCCGCGGACAUGUUGGACCGCGUCGCGGGGUUCAUUUCUCGUGCUUGACCUCACCUGCUCCCCGUUGAAGUUGAACCGUGCGCGGUUCCUGUCGUCGUGCGUCAGGGCGGCUAAUAAAUGAAGCAGACUCGCUAUCUCCCAAGAGCAACGGAUUUGAAGUCUGCUCUUGGAAUUUUGCUAUACAUCUGUGCUGCAUCCAUCGGCGUGCGUUGAAAUUAGUAUGUUUCGUGUCUAUGUCAGUAACAAUAUUUUCUUUGAAUUUUGAAAAACUUGAUAGGCUCCCCAUGACAACAUAGUGGGAGCUCAA